GGGGCGGAGGCACCGCCUCCCCCGGCGCCGUGGACGCUCUCUCUCUGCCCUCUCAGCGAUGGCUCCGGCGCGGCGCGUUGCGGGCUGGUGGCGGCUCGUGGCCCUGUGGGCGCUCGGCCCCGCGCUGUACGGCCGGGCUGAGCCGGACCCGCACGGGCAGCACCUCUACAGCGCCGAGAUGCUGCGCCACGGCGCCGCCGCCGCCCCGCACUUCGUCAUGUUCUUCGCGCCCUGGUGUGGACAUUGUCAGCGUUUGCAGCCAACUUGGAAUGAUUUGGGAGAUAAAUACAACAACAUGGAAAACCCACAGGUUUAUGUUGUUAAAGUGGAUUGUACUACAGAUACUCCACUGUGCUCUGAAUUUGGCGUCCGAGGAUACCCUACACUAAAGUUGCUUAAACCAGGACAAGAACCUCUGAAAUACCAAGGCCCUAGGGACUUCCAGGCGCUGGAAAAGUGGAUGUUGGAGAAGCUAAAUGAGGAACCACCUGUUACAGAAUCAAAUGUGGAACCACCAAAAGCCCCUGAAGCUAAGCAAGGAAUGUAUGAACUCUCAGCAGACAAUUUCAAGAUGCACAUAGCAGAAGGUAAUCACUUUAUCAAAUUCUUUGCCCCUUGGUGCGGUCAUUGCAAGGCUUUGGCCCCAACCUGGGAACAGCUGGCUCAGGCCUUUGAGCAUUCAGAAACUGUCAAGAUUGGCAAGGUUGACUGUACCCAGCAUUAUGAAGUCUGCUCUGAAACCCAAGUUCGUGGCUAUCCCACUCUCCUUUGGUUUAAGAAUGGUGAAAAGAGUGACCAGUACAAAGGGAAGAGGGACUUCGAUUCCUUAAAAGAAUAUGUAGAUUUACAACUACAGAGCUCUGGGAAAGAGUCACCACCAGCAGCUGAACCCACCGACGCCCCGCAGCCACCCGCAGAACCCACUCGUGUUGAGGCUGCAGUGCUCUCUCUCUCUGAAAAAGACUUUGAUGCAACCAUUGCUAGGGGGAUCACUUUCAUUAAAUUCUAUGCUCCAUGGUGUGGUCACUGUAAGAACUUGGCUCCAACUUGGGAGAACCUUGCCAAAGAGCAAUUUCCAGGUUUGACUGAUGUCAAAAUAGCAGAAGUAGACUGCACUGUGGAACGUAAUGUCUGCAACAAAUUUUCUGUACGUGGUUAUCCUACACUUCUGCUUUUCCGAGGUGGAAAGAAAGUCAGUGAACACAAUGGAACAAGAGACCUUGAAUCACUGCAUAGCUUUGUCUUGCGUCAGGCAAGGGAUGAACUGUAAUAAAAGUCUGGAUGCUCCAGCCCUGGCUGUCUUUUUACAAUAGCUGAGGGAUUUGAAUUAUUGUUAAUUUUCAAAUAGUGUGUUUAGGGGGUGGGAGGGGGAUGUGGGUAUUUUUUUUCUUUGUUUUUAGGAAAUUGAAUGUACUAAACAUUGGUAUCUUCCCUCUGUGUGUGUGUGUGAAGGAAAACUAACAAGUAGUUACUGUGCAAAUUGAGAAUAUUUUCAGCAUUUGUAGUGUUAACUGCAUUUCUGCAUUCCCACAAUGAAGUGUAAAUAAUUUCCUUUGAGACUAAAAUACAUCAAGAAAACCACCUUAAGGGCAGCAGUAGAAUAUGUUUGUCUUCAGGUCAAUUUGAUUAAAAAGUAAUCCCUGCAAACAGCCCACUGUUGCUAGAAAGGUAAAAGUUACAUCUGUGUCAAGUCACUUUUGCCUCUACAACUGUACUUAAAACCUAUUUGUCUUAAUAUAGCUGCUGGUUAAGAAAUGGAAAGUCAUAGGAGGUUGAACACACACUCACACACGCACACACACCUGGGAAGAUACCAGGCCACCACAAGCUGGUUGUCUCCUGUUAAUCCUCUCAGCAUGGGAGGUCUAGCCAUAAUGGAAGUGAUGGUACUGUAACAUGUGCCUGUAUAUUACUGAUGCCAUAGUGUACAUGUGUCAGGUGGAUUUUCGUAGGCUGUUUCCAUCCAGCUCUGAAGGAGUAACUGUGCUCUACUUACACAGAGCCACAGUGAAUAGGCGCUAUUGUAACUGCUCUGUUAAUGUUAAACAAUUGGUUAAAUUUCAGAGCUGAUGAUAUGCAUUUCCUACCCUUGCCUGAAUCUAGACUUUUUGCUGACCUGCUCCUUAGACGACUUGGAGAACAACAAGCAGUACGAUGCUUCAUUUCUUUUAUUAUUCAGCUGUUCUGUAGUAGUGUCAAAUAGUUCCCCACUCUUGAGCCUUAACCUUUUUCCAAGCUGUAAGCAUUGCUAAGUUUGAAUGCUAGGACCAUGCACCCUGUGGUGCCUUGGAUUGUAAUAUGGAUCUGUUCUUUGGUGCAUAAGAUGUUCCAUGUUAGACAUAAUUGAAAGCCAAAGAAUUUACACUGCAGAGACUGUCACGAUGCAGUGACAGCAGCAAACCAAGGACAGAAUUAUGCCACACAGAAACUCAUGGAAUGAGGAUGGCUGCAAGCUGAUUUGACUAAUGUGUCAAGAUGCUGAUUUUCAUCCAUUAUAUGGAGCAGGUUGCUGGGUUGUUGUGGUUGUUUUUUUUUUUUUCUAAAAAAGGCAAAACAACAAUGAACUUUUAAAUUAGUGGGUUGCUCCUGGUACUUCACUGUCUGUCCAGAACUUAUGAUUCUGUUCAAUCUUAAAAUGUGUAAGGGUGAAAAAGCCACAGUGAAACCAAGUGUUGUACUGGCAGAUGUAUUAGAUCAAUAUAUAUACUUCUGCCUUAAAGGAAGCCUUUAUUAUCGCGUUUUUAACAACUUUCUAGUGAAGCACAAUCUCAUGAGUUUCUUGUACAAAAUCGAAGUGGUACAAUUGUUUACACUGAGAUUUUUCUAAAUAAAAACUUUUUAAAAAAGCAGUCUUUCUAUAAAUGAUACAGCACAAUGAAUAUACAGUGACAAGUGCAAUAAAUUAUAGCUCGUAUUUACAAGAAGCCUUUUAAAUGCAAGUAUUAGAGGUAAGUGCAUUUGAUACAGGUUUAAUAUUGAUCAAAACAAUUUGCUAUUAGUUUCUGCUAGACAAACUGUGGCUACACUGCAAAUGUAUCCUUUAUACCAGUUUGUUAGUUGCGUGAAUUGAAGGGGAGAAAGGUUGGCCAAAUACUUGUAUGUGUUGUUGACAUUCCGUCUUCCUGCAAAUAAAUUGUCCAGUUAGAGAA